GGGUCGCCGGCUCUUCUUCAGGGUCCGAGCUUCGUCCGAAACGAAGCGCCUCCGUUCUCCUCCUCUUCUCUUAUGAGAACGUGCCGUCGGGGACGACGCUUCGUCGAACCGUUCGUCGUUCGAUCGGUUCUCCACGUUUGGCCUCACUCGUCUCUUCUUAUCCCUCUUUCGUUUAAUCCUUCUCUAGUUUCCUGUAUCUCGCUCUAUCUGUCUCUUGUGCCUCCGUCUCUUUCUCUCUCGCUUUAUCUGUCUGUGUUCUCGCAUCUUUCUCCACCUCGAUCAUUCGAUUCACCGGUUUCUUCCUCUUCUUAGCUCCGCAGCUUCCUUCUUCUCUUGUCUUUUCGGCUCGAACCGCGUGUCACGGUGAAGCGAACGUGGUGCACGCUGCGGGUGGUGGUGCUGGUGCUUGGUGUUGGUGGUGGUGGUGGUGCUGGUUGUUUUGGUGUCGUCGAUGGUGUCGGUGGUCGAUGGUGAUCGGUGAAUCCGCCUCGAGCGAUCAGGAGAUCUCACCCUUGGAAACCUUCCGCUUUCGCUCGAUCGAGGAGGGGAGGCUGCUCGAAUCAUGGCGUCCUACAGGAGCUACGGUGACACUGGCGCCUACCGACCCAGAGGCAAUGUUGGCAUCGCCGCAGGUACAUUUGGAAGAACGACCACGUCGACUGGGAGCGGUCUUCCGGGUUGCAGGAACAGCUACUCGUCGUCCAUCGGUUCCGGUUCCAGCCGAGUGCACGGCAAGGAGAGGGUUUCUGGCUUCGGAAACGCGUUCCUAAAGAAAGACAAGUUCGAGGAGAAACCUACCUUUAAGUAUUCCGCUAACAAGGACGCGGACAAAAACAGACUGCAUCCCAGUAGGUCGUCGACGGAGGACGUAGGGGCGAAAAGUCCAUUAUCGAGCAGCAGAUCCUCACUGUUCGAGAAGUACUCGUUUCCAGCUACUAAAGCUUCAGAGAGGCCCGCCUCCGUUUUGGACAGAUAUAACCGUGCCACUUCCCGCGAGAAGAGCAGAGAGCCAGACGGAGUAUCGCGAUACGGAUCCAACACGUAUCCCGGAUCGAGCUUGGCUCGAACUUAUGGAAACGAAAGUAGAAUCGAGAAGAAAGAGAGGUCCGAUCAUCCGCCGGUUUCCUACCGUGGAUUACGGCCGAACUCUGGGAGAAGUUCACGCGAACCUAGCCCGGAAGUCAACGUCGGAAAAUCGAACUCCUUCAGAAUGUAUUCGAGAGCCCCAUCCUACGGUCGAUCCAGUGCCACUUCUAGUGCCUCCGAAUCGAGCUCGGCGCCAAUCUCCUCGAGAUUCGGCUCGACAGCUGGUAGCAGGUUCCUUUCAUCGAGAAGCAGCAACGACCGAAUACCGGCAGCCAUAAGCUACUCCGGAUCGGACAGGUUCCGAACUUCAGGCAGUAAGCCUAUGCCGGCAAAUUUAAAGGACGAAGACACCGUUAAAUCCAACGUGGAAAGGAACGCGACUCAAGAAAAACGUUCCACUCCUGUUAAAUCGGAAGAAUUAAAAGUCGACAACAGACUUCAGGACAAUGAGACCGUUACAAUGGUUACGAGAGGUACGUCGCCCAGUCUACCGGCUUCUUCGUCCUUUGUGAGGAGCAGAAGAGCCGACAUAGGCAUCGCGAAUCAAAGGGAAGUCGCGCGAGUUCGAAAGAAAACGGAGACGAAGAAUCAAGAAGUUCAGAGCGAAAGGCUCGAGGAUGCUUCGAGAUUUUCGCGAUUUGGAGGCGGUGGACGAAUCUCGGGGACUCCGUGGUCAACGUAUUUGGACAAAUUUUCCUCGAAUUCGAGCGGAAGUGGCGUGUACGCCAGAGGAUUUAACGGAGGCACGACCAACUCCAGAGUAAAUAGCUUCGCGUUCUCGAGAUCGAACGACGCUUCGAGAAACGACUCGACUUCAAAAUUAUCGCCUAGUUCUAGUCAAGAAAUCCACGGCAAUAGGAACCAAAAUGAACAGAGUACUAAAGCGUUCGGCGGUUUAGGUUUCGCGGUCACGAAAACGGAUUCGAAAGCGUCUACGGGUAACGAUCCAAGCAAUUCCAAUCAGACGGAGGUUAAAGCGCACAAUGGCGAGGUUCGUCCAUGUAGCGUCGGCAAGAUCGAAGUGAAAACCAGUCGUUUAGCGAAUCCUUCGGUUUUAAAGAGAGACAACUCACCGCACCAGCCUGGUGUUGUCAAGUCGCCAGAUUCCCGCGAAAAUACUUCCAAGAGCGAAGAACAGCAAAGUAGUAGAGAAAGUUCGACGUCGAAGAGCGAGGAUAGCAGCCAGAGAAGACCAUCGAUACCGAGAUUAGGUCGUAUCGCAAUGAAGAACGAAGGCAAGGUUACGAAGUCAUCAUCGAGUUCGUCGACUAAGUCCGAUGGAUUGCGGGAAAGAAGGAGCUCGACACCUAAAUCUGACACUAGCUCGUUAUCGAAACUAGAUGAAUCUUCUAGGAUAGUCGAGGGUCACUGCCAAGGACAGAGUAAAGAAGUCUCCGCGUCUAAAAGCGAUAGUGUUUCUUCUACGAAAGAUUCUUUCCAAAGCAAUUCGUCCCAAAGCCGAUCCACAACACCCCAGUCGCGAAGCGGCUCUACGAAAAAUCUCUGCCGCCAAAUGACACGGACCGAUUCGUCGGAAGGAUCCGCUGUAAAUGUGCCAAUUGGCAGAUCGAAAUCGACGUCAGCCAGUUCGGUGACGAGUCAGGGUGCAAAAAUAAAGGCGACGCCGCCACCAUCGCCAGGGAAAUCUUCCGCAUCGACUGUCUCUUCAGUGAAUCUGAGGCAGGGCGGAUCACCGGAUGCUCGUGGCAAACCACCUGUACCGAAGAGCGAUGCCACAUCGGUGUCCGCAUCUAAGAGCAUCGUGCCAGUUAAGUACGUGAACAAGGAUUUUCGAAAGUCGACGUUAAACAUGGAGAAUGGCGACCCGUCGCAAUCAAAGUACAGCAGGAAGAAGAAGAAUCAACGAAGCAUGUCCGUCAGCUCUCAAGAUUCGCAGUCCGAACCGAACUCCGAACCGAAUAUCCAUCGUCCAGCUGCCCCCUCGGAAUCGAGCUCGAGUUCCGUGAAAUCGAAUAGAUCGAGGCUGAGAAUGCCAUCAUCCGGUACGUCGUCGAAGAGCAUCGGUAGGAAAAGCGAGUCGACUAGUUCGUUGAGGCCGGAAAAUUCGAGGAGCAGCUCGAAAUCUCCUUCCGGGAAGAGAAGCAAGCAAGACGGAAGCUCGAGUUCCAGCGGCGUUAGCGAGUCGAAUUCUUCGAAUUCGUCGAGCAGCGAGGAGGAAGACGAUAAUAAACAGACAAGACCAGGAUCGAGACGUCGUAAAAGGAGAACGUCAAAAUCUCCUUUCUGCGAGAAAAAAGGGAAGAUAAGCGCAGGGUCGUCGAGGACGAGCGUUUUGGCGUCAUCCACCGACGAAAUGUCUUUGACGAUGGACAAACCGCCCAGACCGCCGUCUAGUCCCAGAUCGAAAAGCGAUCGUUCAGGGAAAACGGAGGAGGCUAAAUCAUUCCUGAUGAGGGCCCUCGCACCAGUGACGAAUCUUUUCAAGAAUAAGCAUCAAGAUUCCAGCGAGUCGGGUAAAUCAGGUGGUUGGCUGGAUUCCAACGAGGAGAGCACGGACGCGAAGAAGUCAGAGCAAAACGGUACGAUCGCUUUAUCGAAGAGUCUAUCGAAGAGCUUCAGUUUCACGAACUCGGAGAAGAACGACGACAAGAGACAUUCUAGCGUGAGGAUCAGGCGGAAUUUUUCCGGGGAGCAACCGUGGUGGAUGGAUCCGAACUCCGACAAUGUUCCUGAAGGCGUCGAAACGGGAAGCGUGUGCAACGAAGAUAUCAGUCAAGAAACGACCGUCAGUAGUACCUUACCUGACGAUGGCAAAUUUAAAUACAAAGUGUGGAGACAAGAAUCAGAGGAACGAGCUUGGUGGUUAGAUUCAAACGACAGCGCGGCCUCGGAAGAUGCGAGGAAACAGUCGACAACGAUUUUAAGACAAGAAUCAGGAGAGAAGGCUUGGUGGCUAGAUUCCAAUGAUAACGUCCCGUCGGAAGAAACGCAGAGACAAUCUUCCGCAACAGUUUUAAAGCACGAUUCGGGAGAUAGGGGUCGUUGGUUAGACGGAAAUGACAGCGUCCUUUCGGAUGAUGCCAAAAAACUGUCGCGACCGACGAUAUGGAGACAAGAAUCGGGGGAAAGAGCUUGGUGGUUGGAUGCAAACGAUAGUGUUCCGUCGGAGGAAUCGAAGAAGCAAUCGUCUAUGGCGUCUCCUGUUUCGAAACGAGAGUCGAGUCGUUCCAGUACUCGGUCCAACGAACGAAGAAAUCGACUCAGGCACCAGCAAUCCGGCGAACAAGCAUGGUGGAUGAACGACAAUCCUGAGAACGUACCUGAAGGAGUCGAAGUCAUUCCUGUCGCUACAACGCCUACGCAAAAAAAUAAUAGCUACAAUGAUGAAGUGGACGACAGUCAAACGUACAACAGAAGUAUAAAUAAAGUCAGGCAUAUCGAGUCUGGUGAGAAGCCAUGGUGGAUGGAUAGCUCGUCAAACGUUCCUGACGGUGUCGUUAAGAUUCCUAUAGAAACGUCGAACAGCACCUCCGAUUCCUCCGAAUCGUUCGAGAAAAUCGAUAUUGGCGUUAACCCUGAACCUGAGAUAUACGCGAAGAGAAACCUUUCUAGAUUCCCUAUCGAGUUUCCGCCACCGCCGCCCGAUGAGCCGCUUGGGGAUCGCGCCAGUCCUGAAGGGGUGGAGAAUCCUCCAGAUCCGCCUGACAACUAUGGCGGACGCGAUUCGCCUUACGACAAUGUUCAGACGACACCCCGAAGAUCGUCGCCAAGGAAACGACCUUCCACGUUACCAUUGUUCAUCGGCCAGCACACCAACAUCGACGAUUUAUUGGGCGACGCGACCACCUUGUGUCCAAGCCCUGUCUUGUCUCGAAUUCGUAAACGCGAACGCAUCGGCGAGGAUUCGGCAGAAGAGAGUUCAGAAUGCGAAGAGAUAGACGCCACCCAAGUGAUCAUCCACGACAGCACUCCGCAGACACCGGUGAUACAACGACGACAUCGGGACAACGAGAGACCUCAACCCGACGGCUACAUUCCGGUGGCCGUGGAUAGGAGAGCGAGUACUCGAAAAAGCCAGACAAACAAAGACGAGAAGAGGGUAGACGACAUCCCGGAGGAGUGUUAGUGCGCGCGACAUUAUUGUUUCUCAUGAGGGAUGUGCGAAAAGAGACCCUCCUUUACUCCAGACUCCCUUUCCUUUCCUUUUUUUUCCUUCCGUUUUGCACGCAAAGUGCUAACAACAAAGAGGUCUUCUGGAAUCACUUCCCCUUUGCUCGCAACUUUCGUCGGUCGUCUCGGAACAGACCAAAUUCUCAAUUACGUCGCGGUAAUUUGCAAAAUUCCGUGAAAGCUUGUAAACUAUUUUAAAUGCUAUUAGAAAAAUGAUCAGUCUCAAAUAAUAUAUAAUAAUCGAAAAAAUAAUCCAUUUACUUUAAAUUUCGAACAAAACUAGAAAGCUUCGCGCAUACGUCUUCGAAUAACGAUAUUUUACUCAGACCUUAUAUAGUGUCUAUGCCAAAACCAUUGACGUAAAAUUCUAAAACUAUGGGUUAUAGAAAAGAAUUAACUUACAACAACAACGAGAACGAGAAAUCUUUUGUCCUCUCGUUUCUCAGUCGACGAGUCACUCAUAUUUUCCCGGAGCACUAUAGAGUUUUAUCGCAACGGUGGCACCCUCUUGCACGAGCUACCUCCCAUCACGUUUCUAUAGGUCCAGCAGCCCCUUUUGUGAGCUUGUCACCCUCGUGGGGUUUCGUAGUAGCGGGACAACAAUGAGCACAGCCGUACUUACGGUUACGCUCUACGUGCUGCGCCAGCUGAUUAUUUUUUCACCGCACAAUUACCAGCCCUGCCGUUUCAUUUGGUUUCUCCGUACCCACGCAAACCUCUGUCUCUCUUUCUCUCAUGAAAAGCUCCAUCCUUGAAAACAACGAAUCGCCGAGUGGACCCAUGUUCCCUGACUAUCUUUGCGGAAAAUCGAAAAGAGAGAGGAAAAGAAUAAGAUAAGUACAGCUUAAAUGGGCUCCAUAGAAGACGGGUCAGUCUGACCGGCUGGAUAAAGUUUGUUUGACGAUAAUAUUGUCGGUUUUUGGCUGUUUGGGUUAGAAAGUAACGCGUUCGUUUGCUAUAUGGACGUGUGUUUCUCGGUUUGUUCAGCGCGUCUUAAAUGGAAUGAACACGCCGUCUGUUUUCUAAUUCCCUUCCUUAUCGCAGAAAUCCGCGAUUUUCCUUGCAAAAUUUACCUACUCCGUGGUUACUUCUCCUUUUCGAAUUGUACACGAAUUGGCCGAAUUGGCAGAAGUAAUUCUACGCGCAAAGAAUGUCCACGAGCUUUUGUCAACUGAAGAGCUCAUAAGAAAAACGACUUAGGUCCAUGCUUGUUUUUCUUCAAGAAAUCAGAAAACGAUCUAGUAUUUUUAUUUUCAAUUUUUUAAAAUAAGAUAUCCAUCAUGUUAGGUAAUUUUUCCUCUAUUCUUGUCGUAAUUAUAUUGUAAAAGAAUUAUAUCCAAAUAAAUUAUGGAGUUCUGGCCU